UAUUCCCGGACGGUCGUCGGACGGCAUACGGUGGGAAAGCUCGGGAAAUUAAUAAUAAAGUUCUAUAAGUUGCAAAGUUAAGUCGGUGAGUUUUGUGCUUUUUUGGUGAGCGAAGAAAUAAGCUUUGAGAUGUUGAGCUCAAGCAGGUUAGCGACGGCGGUGCUGCUGAUGUCGCUCGCGGUGGCUGCCAGCGCCAUCAAAUGCUGGAAAUGCGGCCAGUACAGCGAUGGGGUCGGCUCCAUCACACCCUGUAACAACCACAGCGCCGCACGACUCGAGGACUGCCCGCAUGACUCCAAGUUUUGUAUUAAAUACGUGAGCGAGUUAACAAUUGUGCGAGAUUGUGUGCCGACGUGCAGCGAGAAAGAGUGGUGGGGUGCACGCACCUACUGCUGUGACUCCGACGAGUGCAACGGGUCCUUCGCACGGACAGCGUCGGCGCCCGCUUUGCUCCUCGCGCUGAGUGCGCUGAUCUUUGCGCGCUGACCGCUUGACCAACCACACUGGUAGAUCUAUUCCUUUUUUAAAAGUUCUCAUAAAUUUUAAAUUUGAUUUUAGAAACAGAAUCUUAUCAAAGAAUCCUUAACAAUUCCAAUUUUAAUUUUGGAAAGCAUUUGAUUUUGAAUAAUCCCUUAUGUUGUAUUAAGUUUAAGUUUUAUUUGUUAAAUGAUUAUAUUGAUAUUGCUCACGAGGUUUAUGCGACCUGGCUGAAUAAUUCAGAAUUAAAAUAAAAUGCCUUGAUUUUUUAAUUUGUCACACCUAUUACAAAUACCUACUGCAAUAACUGUAGAGAGAUGCUUAAAUAGAUACUAUGUAAUAUACUCAUUAAUGUUAUGUUCUCGUUGUAUAAUUUCCGUUAAUUUAAAAGAUUCUAAGGCAGAAAACCUCAAACCUAACGUAAAAAUAUCUUUUUUAAAAUACGACCGUUAUUUUUGUUAUCUUAACUCCCCGAAUUACAAAUAACAUUGUUAUUCUUAAUUUAUAGCGUCAUUUUCUGCUUUAAUUGCGUCCCUUAAGAUUUAUUUCGCACUUUAAAUCAUGUUUGUAAAUGUUUUACAAUUUAAAAUUGUAUGGCUGUAUAUAUUCAUUUCCUUUUAUGAAUAAUAGAUUAUGAAUAUAGUUUAUAUUUUUUAGAUAAUUAUUUAACCAAAGCUCAAACAGUUCUAUUUAUACUGCUUCUUCAAUAUUUAUUAUAAUUCUUUUAAACCAGUGGGUAGUCAUUGGUUGAAUUCAAUAUAUAAAAAUUUACAAAAAUUCUAGGUGUAACAAAUAUCGUUUAAAAUUAUUUUACCAUUUAUUGUAUACUGAGUAAUUUGAUUGAUUUGAGUGAAAAAACCUAACGUCGUAAAGGGAGAAAUAAAAAUUUAACGCCUUUAUUUGUAUCUAAAAACGUUUUAUUCAAGAAUGGAAUCGGCAUAACAAUCUUUAUGAGGACUUAUGGAAGGUCGAUGAGAUGCUUGCUUGACCUAAAUGCUGUUUGUCUGAGAAGAUUUGUGUUUCUCGUUCGAAAAAUAUUGUGUUUUUACUUUACAAAGUAAAAUUACCUCUUUCGUCGUAAAUAAUUUUAAUAAAAAAUAAAUAUGUUGUGUUUUAUUGCAUGU